AUCACGAGCCUGAGGGAUAAUACCCUCUAAGACCCGUGUCCAUGCCAGCAUCAAGUAGAGGGCGGCGUAGUCGGGUUCCCGAGUUAUCUUCUCCGAGUACCGAUAAUUUAUGCACACCAACGAACAGGUAAAUGAAUGACUGAAUCAAAGGAUCUGAACUAUAAUUGAUGAAUAGAUCGUAAUCGUGGCUAGUUUCUGCAUGCGCAUGAUUUCUGACCAGUAAUUUUUGCACAAUUUUCCUCCCUGUAGAUUGAGUCAAUUUCAUGUAUGUUCCACAGCGCUAAGACUAGUAUCUUCACUAGAAAUUGUUUGUGGCACUUUAUUAGCUGCCUCCAGAUAUAUCCAUCUACGUUUUAUGUGGGCCCCAGCAACCUAGUAACGUAGCCUAAAAAUAAUGUUCAUGAUGUUGACCACAGGAGAAGACACACUUGUAGUUGUUUCUACGCCAAGCGGUGGAAUACAGUACUAGUGGAAGAUCCAGCACUCCCAGUCCCACUCGAUACUUUAUUUCUUUCUUGGUUCAUCUCCACCUCUAAAGCUAACAUCAGCGCCAGCGAGGUCAACCCUAGACCGUUUACUUUUUCGCACCCCUUCUCCAUCGCCAGAUUUAUGACGAUGACACUGACUAGUCCUAUUUCAAGUUCAAUACCUACGACUCACUAUAAGAUCGUGCACCGUAGCACUGUCGGAUGACACUUCUAUUUAUGCAUCUAGUUAAGGUCGUGUACGAUCCUAGCACAAGGUCCUCCUCGACGUUGGACAGGAAAAACCCUAGUGAUCUAGUUGUUCUUAGAGUUGUUAGAAAGAGCUGCUUCAUCCCUACCUUAGUACCUUGACUGUUGAGUGUUGAGGUUGACCUACUAGUAGUAGAUUGUUUUCUUGUUGUUUGUAACUGACAUACCCCAACAAAAGUGGGCACAUUCAUUCACUCGUCAAUCAAUCUUAAACCUUCAACACUACCCCUUCUACUCGUUCUUGUGAAUACAUUUGAUCUUCGGAAUAAGAGGACCUCGUCAUAAGUCUUUGUAGCUUAAAGACUUUGUUCAACACCUUCUUCAUCCUUAGGGAGCACCUCCGGAGGAAAAGAAAAUAAACGUGGCUCGCGGAGUGUAAGCGCGAGGCGCAACGCAAAUUCUAGGGAUGGAGAUGAUGGAGCUGCCGACCCGCCUUCUCCCACGAGACAGCGGCGAAGCGGCAAAGCGAAAUUAAGGCCAAACAGAGUGGAUCAUGUCUACAUUGAAUGUAGAACAGACAGAGACACGCAUGGGACUACUUGGUAGAUCACUCUUUUCAAGGACCACUGCUAGAGCAUUAGUAGAGAUCCUCGUCCAGGUCCAAUAUAAUUAACUGUUGCUCUAAGAACAGCACAAGCAGGAGCAAGCAAGGCGAAAACGGCGAAACGAAGUGCAUCAACCAUCUCAACGAAAAACAAAAAAGGGAAGAAGUAGUUCUUGACAAGGUCCCUUAGGAACUUCCUAAGGAAGUAUGGUAGAAGUCUUCAGGUACAGAGAAAGAAGAGAAAACUAGAAGGAAUCAAUCUCUUACUGCGAUAUUAG